AUGGACCCGAGUCUACUGAAGGAGCGGGAGGAGUUUUUGCGUUGUGCAAAGAAUAUGCCAGUUGUUGAGAAACUGCGUCCUCAAGCGCAGAACGCGUCUCAAAUGAAUGUCAGUCCAUCACCGUCUAAGAAACCCCUUGUCUCAUCUACCAGGGAGUAUCUUACCAUGGACAUUCGGUCACAAAAUCAGGGAAAAUUUGCACUUCUGUCACGCAUCGUGAAAUACAUGAGACGCAGACAUUUGGAACGGGAUUUGCAUCCCCUUUCUGUCGAAGAAAUACUGGAAGAAUUACAACUCCACGAGACCCCACGAUCCGAUAUUGUGUGGCUAGAAAAUGAGGCUCUCCCCAACAACCCCAAGAUAGCUUCUACUCCAGACAAAAAGUUCAAGUUUAUGCCGAGAUAUGAUAUACGCUCCCGAAAUGACUUGUAUCAACUUCUGAAGAGGCACGAAAUCAGGGGACUAGGUGGCAUUUAUCUUGACGAUAUAUGCGAAGCAAUUCCUGAUGCUGAAAAGGUUCUUCAAAGUCUCGGGGAUACAGUAGUGCAAGUUACUACCCCUCACGACAAAAAGACUGUGCUAUUUUUUAACGACAAGUCCUUCGACCUGAAUGUUGAAGAUGAAUUCAAGCAGCUUUGGCGAGCUGUCAGCGUGGAAGGUGUGCAUGAGGGAAAAAUUGAGGAAUACCUUCACAGAAACGGCAUCAUGUCCAUGUCUGCUGACAAGAAAGUAUUUACUCCAGCAAUCAAGCAAAAACGGCGUGGUCAACGUCAAAACAAUCGUCCGGUGAAGCUAAGGGAUAACGAGCAUUUGCGAGACAUUCUAAAGGAUUUCUCCGACAAAAAACCCUGA